AUGAGUUUCUGGCAAGGUAUCCUCCUGUCUUCUCGUACCUUCAACCAGGCUGCUGCCAUCGAUGCUGAUGGCACCCGCAUCUUGGCUUCAUCCUCUGAUUUCGAAGUACCCCCCCUCUCCACCCACAUCUUCCCCUCUGGCACGGUAUCCACCGAUAUAGUGCUGACUGUCUCGCCUCUCCAGAUUAACCCUGGUGAGAUGAAGCUUAUCACAUCUUUCUUCAAGGACAUGGGAAGCGGCACAGUCAAGAGGAUCUAUUCAUGUGGCUUCUCCGUCAACGGGAGGAGAUACCUGACCAUGGCGUGCGAAGACAACAUCAUCCAUGGAAUAUGCGGAAACUCCGGGGUCAUCAUCGCUAAGACCGAGACUGCUGUGAUCAUGGGGCAAUAUGCGGGAUCCUCCAUAAGGAAUGCCGCUAACAACAACAUGACAAACCAGGCACAGUACCUCAUCUCCAUGGGCCAGUGA